GAGAGAGAGAAAAGAAUGCUACGUGUUACAACCUCCUAAAUGUUGAUGGGGAUGCAUGCUGCGCCUGCGCACGCAAUGAUUAUUCAGUGAAGAAAAUCAACAACACCCGCCUUACGUUCACAUCAAAACUCUUGAAAGAGAGAGAGAGAGAGAGAGACCGGGGCGUGGGUAUGAGGGAAGUGAAGGAGCUUGAAACCAACGGCCAUGGUUUCAACUUCAAGGUGGAAGAUGAAGAAGUGGCAGAUGGAGAAAUAAUCAAGAAAAUGUUAGCCGCAGGUGAGGCGGAGAAGGAGAUGAUGGUCUCUGUUGGCUCCACAUUCUUAUUGUCUCUUCUUGCCACCAAAGAUCGUGACUUUCUCCUCUCCCCUUCUGGAACUCAGGUGAAAAUUUCUGAGCUUCGAACCAAAGUUAUUGGUAUAUACUUUUCGGCUAACUGGUAUGCGCCAUGUAAAAAGUUUACCGAAGUGUUAGUCAGUGUCUACAAACAGUUUAGCUAUUACAAUUCUGGGUUUGAGAUAGUCUUUGUUUCGUCUGAUGAAGACUCGGAGGCGUUUGCUGCUUACCGGGCAUCCAUGCCUUGGCUUGCAAUUCCAUUUUCAGACCUGGAAACCAAGAAAUCCUUGAACCAGAGGUUCAAUGUUGAGGGCAUUCCUUGCCUGGUUGUUCUGCAGCCUAACAAUAACAAAGAUGAUGCAAUAGUUUAUGAUGGGGUUGAACUUGUUUAUCGGUAUGGGGUGGAAGCUUUUCCGUUUACGAAAGAGAGGUUGCAGAAGUUGCGAGAGGACGAGAGGGAGAAACACGAAAAGCAGACUUUGAAAGACUUGUUAACGAACAGCAAUAGAGAUUUUGUUUUAGGCCACUCCACAAUGGGAAAGGUGCCUGUCACUUCGUUAACUGGUAAAACAAUCGGGCUGUAUUUCUCAGCCAAAUGGUGUGUCCCGGGGUUGAAGUUUACUUCCAAGCUAAUCUCGGUUUACCAAAAGAUUAAGCAGAGGCUACCCGAGGGUGAGGAUUUUGAAAUAGUUUAUGUGUCGAGCGACGAUGGGGAAAUGGAAUUCGAAGGCUAUUUCGAGGCGAUGCCAUGGUUGGCACUCCCUUUUGGUGAUCCAAAUGCCAAGAACCUAAGAAAGUAUUUCGACAUUAGAGGGAUUCCCAGCUUGGUAAUCUUGGGGCCUGAUGGCAAAACUCUGAGCAAACAAGGGAGGAACCUUGUAUGCCUGUAUAAAGAAAAUGCAUAUCCCUUCACAAAGGCGAGAAUGGAGGCGCUGGAGAGGGAGAUGGACGAAGAGGCGAAAUGGCUUCCAAAAUCGAAGCACCACGGGGGGCAUAAGCAUGAGCUAAGUCUGGUCUCGGAAGGGACUGGGGGUGGAGCUUACAUAUGUUGUGAGUGCGACGAGCAGGGGCAUGGGUGGGCUUACCAGUGCCUCGAGUGCGGGUAUGAAGUGCACCCCAAUUGCGUGAGGACUAUCGACCAUGGUCAGACCUCCUAGAGGUAAUCAAACUAAACCAACUUACUGGACUGGUUUGUUGUUUGUGUAAUUGGGAAGAUUAAGACACAUUCCCUUCAUGCAGCCAUGGGGUUUUCAGCUUUGUUGUAUUAGUACUAUGUAUUGUCUAUGGUUAAGUUUUAAUUUGUUUACUC